GGAACGAUCGACUCUUCUGUUCUCCAAUUAUGCAAUUGCUAAUGAGAUUUAUUAAUUAAAAAAAUGGUAGAUUUGCUCUAAUAGGUUUGUUAAUGUGCGGUGUGAAAGUCGGCGCAGCAUCGAAAAAUUAAUGGCAGAGUUUCUUGUGUAAAUAUUGUGGAUAUUGUACGGGUUUCAUCUGAUGGGUUCCACUGCGAGUGUUGCCAAGCUUUGCUGUGGAAAUUUCGAAGAAAGUCUUCGUUUUAAAAAUGACCAGCAGACGAGGCAGGCCGGCACCGUAUCCGCCGCGACGACCAAACUCCAAGCAACCAUGUCAGACAACCUGGAACGAGACCGAUUGGGCCUUUGGGGCAACGGCGACAACGUCAUACCGAGCAAAGCCAGCGGCCUAGAUCGGCUACGCGAUCCCAACCUGAACAAGGGAUUAGCCUAUACGUGGGAAGAACGUCAAGCUCUUGGAAUCCACGGCCUUCUGCCCCCAGUAGUAAAAACCCAAAAGGAACAGGUGAAACACUGCAAAGAAUGCCUGGACCGCAUCAAGGACGACUUGGACAAAUACGUGUACCUGAUGGGUCUUCUGGACCGCAACGAGAAACUCUUCUACAGACUCGUCGCCGAAAACGUCUCGGAAAUCAUGCCUCUAGUCUACACCCCUACGGUCGGUCUGGCUUGUCAAAAGUUCGGCCUCGUUUACCGCAGACCUAGGGGAAUGUUCAUCACAAUCCACGACAAAGGACAUGUCUAUGAAAUGUUGAGGAACUGGCCAGAAACAGACGUGAGAGCCAUCGUUGUAACAGACGGAGAACGUAUCCUGGGUCUUGGAGACCAAGGUGCUUGUGGCAUGGGCAUUCCAGUAGGUAAACUGUCGCUGUACACCGCUUUGGCCGGCAUCAAACCACACCAGUGCCUUCCAAUCACAUUGGACGUCGGGACCAACAACCAAACCCACCUGGACGACCCCUUGUACAUCGGUCUGAGACACAAACGUAUCACCGGUCAAGACUACGACGAUUUCCUCGACGAGUUCAUGCGCGCCGUCGUCAAACGGUUCGGCCAGAACUGUCUGAUCCAGUUCGAGGACUUCGGCAACGCGAACGCCUUCAGAUUGUUGGAGAAAUACAGGAACGAUUACUGCACAUUCAACGACGACAUCCAAGGCACCGCUAGCGUUGCCGUAUCCGGACUGUUGUCCUCCUUGAGGAUCACCAAGAAGAAGCUGUCGGACAACGUAAUUGUGUUCCAAGGCGCAGGCGAAGCCAACCUGGGAAUCGCCGGACUGUGCGUCAUGGCCAUGAUGGCCGAAGGCGUGCCUGAGGCCGAGGCCCGCUCCAAGAUCUGGAUGGUCGACUCCAAGGGUCUGAUCGUCAAGAACCGUCCGGAGGGUGGAAUCAGCGGACACAAGUCCCACUACGCCCACGAGCACGCACCAAUUAAAACCUUGACGGAGGUGGUGAAAUCACUCAAACCCUCGAUUUUGAUCGGAGCCGCAGCCGUUGGAGGCGCCUUCACCAAAGAAAUUUUGGAAGAAAUGGCCAACAACAACGAACGUCCGGUCAUCUUCGCCCUCAGCAACCCCACAAGCAAGGCCGAAUGCACCGCCGAGGAAGCAUACACUCACACCAAAGGAAAGUGCGUGUUCGCCAGCGGUAGUCCUUUCGCCCCCGUCACUUACCAGGGCAAAACAUUCCAUCCGGGACAGGGUAACAACUCGUACAUCUUCCCUGGAAUCGGAUUGGCUGUGAUCUGCGCCGGAAUUAAGACGAUCGGCGAGGAAGUCUUCCUCAUCGCCGCUGAAGCUUUGGCCGACAUUGUUUCGCAAGAAGAUUUGGAUAAGGGAGCGAUUUACCCUCCACUUUCGACCAUUACUGAGUGCUCCGUUAAGAUUGCUGAAAGGAUUAUCACAUAUGCCUACAAACAAGGCAAUGCUUCUGUACAUCCGGAACCAAGAGAUAAAGAGGCUUUCAUUCGUGCUCAGAUGUACAAGACGGAUUAUAGUUCUGCAGUCCCCAGUAUUUACUCAUAUCCUAAAUUGUAAACACGUAGACUUCUAAGUUAUUUCCACUUGUGAUUGUUUAAAUUUUACGUAUCUAUGUAAAUAUGAUUACUAUUAUGGAAAGCAAAUCAAAUUUGUUGUUUAUAAAAAAAAAUUGUUUAGUGUAUGUUAAAUUCAGAUGCAUUUAGAUGGUGGCAGAGAGAUUUAUUAUUAUAUGUCUUAUUAUUUUUUAAAUAAAUUAUUUAUUAUA